CUCGGCAGAACACCUUAUCUGCUCUCCAAAGCUGUGACUCCUCAUCCUUCCCUGAUGAAGACCCAGGGGAUUGCUCACUUAGCAUACACCAGAGGCAAUGGAUAGGGCGAGCAGCCGCUGCAGCCAGAACCCCGCGGUUCCGAGGUCCCCCGCACAUGCAGAGACUUUGGGGCUGGAUCGCGCCGAGCAGCGCCGGGGCUGAGCGAGCCAUGUGUGCCCGGGAGGAGCCGCCGCUGCCGCUCCGCUGAGGAGCAAUGCAAACAGCCCGGUGAGAACUGCUUCCAGGUCUGGGUGGAGGUGAGCCCGAGGGGAGCCAGGACGCCGUUAAAGCUCCACUGACUGACAAAACUUUUAAAAUAUGACCGCAGGGAGGAUUUUAUCUGCACAAUGCUGCUCUGCUGGGAUGUGACAGGCUUCCUACCCAGGUCUGGAAGGUGGUUGAUGAUGUUAGGAGUAAAUCCAAACCCAGAUGAAGAGCGGCCUAAGCAAUGGAGGUGCCAACCCCAGAGCCCGUGUACGUCGACGUGGACAAGGGACUGACGUUAGCAUGUUUUGUCUUCCUCUGCCUCUUCCUGAUUGUGAUGAUCAUCCGCUGUGCAAAAGUCAUCAUGGACCCUUACAGUGCCAUCCCCACGUCCACGUGGGAGGAGCAGCACCUCGAUGACUGACAGGGAUUCCCUGUCAGGCAGAGCCAUGGGAUGCUGUGCUCCAGGAGCCUCUUCCCACGGGGAAGGCUGACCCACAAACAGCCAUUUUAAGAUAUGCAGGGCAAAGGCAAUGUCUCCAAGAGCACAUGGUGUAAAUUAUUUUUUGCUCAACAGGUCAAGAUAUCAGCAAGCCAUUCUGGCAGCAGAGUUUACUACUAUGCAGCAACUCUUAUUUUACAGGUGUCAUUUUAACUCAAGUAGCACAAGAUUCUCCAGACUUUUCCUAAUAUAACUCUUGGUCUAGCACAG